GGUGCCCACCAGCGUGAAGUGCUUCCUAAUUCCCCGCCUGGAGCCCAGCGGACGACCCCGCCUCCCCAGCCCCAGACGAAGCACAAUUUCCCUUUGAGCGACGAGGGCGGCGACAGGCGACUCGCCUGGCUUCCGCCUUGGCAGGGCCUGUCCCGCUCGGGCCGCACCGCUGGCAGCCACCUGCGCCUCCUGUAACCCACCUGGGCCCACCUGCAGCCAUCUGCGCGCCUGGCGCCGUGACCCCUCCUGCGCCCCACGCGCCGGCUUCUGAAGAGCUCAUCGGUUCAAGAUGGGAAACCACGCUGGAAAGCGAGACUUAAGUGCUGAGAAGGGCAAUAAGGACGGCGAAACGAACAGAGGAGAGUCUGAGAAAAAGAGAAACCUGCGAGACCUUUCCCAGGAGACCUCAGGAGACAAUGAUGUGUUUGGAGAGGCAGAUGUGGACCAGAACAAUGGGACCCCCUCUCAGGACACAGCGGUGACAGACUCCAAGCGCACAGUGGACCCAAAGAAUGCCUGGCAGGACGCCAACCCAGCUGACCCAGGGGGCCGCCCCCACUUGAUCCGCCUCUUUUCCCGAGAUGCCCCGGGGAGGGAGGACAACACCUUCAAAGACAGACCCUCGGAGUCAGACGAGCUCCAGACCAUCCAAGAGGACAGUGCAGCCGCUCCGGAGGGCCUGGAUGUGAUGGCGUCACAGAAGAGACCCUCCCAGAGGCACGGAUCAAAGUACCUGGCCUCAGCCAGCACCAUGGAUCACGCCAGGCAUGGCUUCCUCCCGAGGCACAGAGACACGGGCAUCCUCGACUCCCUGGGGCGCUUCUUUGGCGGUGACAGGGGUGUGCCCAAGCGGGGCUCAGGCAAGGUACCCUGGCUCAAGCAGAGCAGGAGCCCUCUGCCCUCUCAUGCCCACAGCCGGCCCGGGCUGUGCAACAUGCACAAGGACGGACAUCACGCGGCAAGAACCACCCACUACGGCUCCCUGCCCCAGAAGUCUCGGGACGGCCGGCCCCAAGACGAGAACCCCGUAGUGCACUUCUUCAAGAACAUUGUGACACCUCGCACACCUCCUCCAUCGCAAGGAAAGGGGCGAGGACUGUCCCUCAGCAGAUUUAGCUGGGGAGCCGAGGGGCAGAAGCCGGGAUUUGGCUACGGAGGCCGAGCUUCUGACUACAAAUCGACUCACAAGGGACUCAAGGGGGUCCACGACGCCCAGGGCACACUUUCCAGAAUCUUCAAACUGGGAGGAAGAGAUAGUCGUUCUGGAUCACCCAUGGCUAGACGCUGAAGCCCUGCCUUCUUGUUACAGAAUCCCAUCCUCCGCUUCUUAAUAUAACCUUUAAGAAUUUAAUACCGUUCGCAUAGAUUACCUAGUUGUAGCAAAUGACCUCUCGCCUAAUGCCUCUUGAGUUGUGCACACAGUAGGGUCAGGCACACUGCAUCCUACUGGCAAUUUCUGGCCAAGAGCUAAAUGGAGACAACGCAAAUAGAAAAUGGGUAAACCGUUCCUUUAUGUUUGAAGACCAAGUGUCCUCAGAGUCUCAUUCCACUGUAUCGUGCCCGGACACCGCGGAGCUUGUGUGUCCAGGGGCACGGCCGGCCCUCCAAGUUCUUUCACCCCUCCAUCUUUGGACUUGCUUUGCGCUGCUGACCUGGCAUCCCCUGGCUUUUUGGGCACUGCCGUGGAGACACACUGCCGUGGAGACGGGACAUGUGCAGGGUGGUGAGGGCUGUGUUGAUCCGUGCUUCCUUUGGUUUCUUUUCCCCCCCUUCUCUCACCUCCUCAAGUUCGCUUUAUUUUCCUAACAGGAUUGGGCAGUCAGGAGUGGCUUCACACCCGUGGGAGCGUUUGGUACGUGAAAGGCGGGCGGGCAGCUGUGAGGAGUCCAUGUGGUGGGUGCAGAGAGGGGCGCCUCCAGGCAGGUGCCUACCACACCCAGAUUAGCUGAAUUUGUGCGUGGCAGAGAGGGGGCAAGGGGGCAAGGCAGGCUGAGCGACGGCCUCCAAUGGGAAACAGGAUCUUCUUGGAAAUUAGGUGAUGACACUGUGGAACCAGAGCGGCCUCUACAAACAACCUGUUUCCUAAGCAGAGCCCCAGUGAGAGUUCAGGGAGACGCACAUCUCAGAGCAGGAUUAGGGAGUUUUCUGGGCAGCCCAGCAGUGUCCCACUGGUCACUGUGGAAAGGGAAGGUGACCAGUGGUAGGCUCAUCACGGCAGUGCACAUCAGCAAAUACUAACCCUCAGUGGAAAGAUAACCGUCCCUUGCUUGCCUCCCAGAGGCGAACAUGCUUAGUGACUAGGCUUAGGAAUGUACCUGUCCCUAAUGGCCACCCUAGCAUAUGGCUGGGCCUGGCCAACCCCCCGAGGAGGACGGAGAGAGCUCCUCAGAAUCACACUCUCUCCUAACAUGAGCUGACAUUCCCGUGCUCCCCUCCUAACCUACUGAUUCCCGCCUUUUGAUUUUAGCCGAUCUCUCCCAGGCCUUCCAAAGAGCCCCACACUGGUAUCAUUCUCCCUUAGACCCAAGACGAGGAAUAGUCAACAUAAGGCCCAAAGCACCUCUUUAAUCCCGUCCUAAUUCUGGAUGUUUAGUGUGGGUUUCAUAUAAUGUCUAUUAAUAUCUAGCCUCAAUGAUGAGAGGGUAAAAAAAAAAAAAAAAGAACACAAUUUCGGAAACAAACCCUCCACGUUCCUCGACACAUGCACUCUGCUCCUGCGAGCUGCUUGUUGACUGAGUGAUCUCUAUUCGUGGCUACCCUCAAACAGCAAGUGCUGUGAUGAUGUGUCUCGUGGAAAGUAUACACUGUUCUUGAAUAUUGAAAUAA